AAGCUCAACUCGUAAAUGCCACGAAAAGCUCAGUCGUUCGCGAGCUGCGCUCGAAUGCACACCUCGGUUCCGUACGUGUGUCAACGCGUGGUCUCACUCUGAGAACAUGUGAGUCCUCGGAGUAUCCCUGAAAUUGACAUUUUCUUUUCUCCUUCUUCUCUUUCUUUUCUUUUUUUCCCGCUUUUUUUUUUUCCAUAAACAAACACGUGCUCGUUGAAACACGUGCUCGCGUGCGUAUGAUGGCGAGAUGAGGUGAGCACGUUGUUGCGGAGAGGGAUUCAAGAGGGUGUGUUGCAAGUGCGCACCGAUAAAAUGCACUACUUAGCGAUGCUGCUGAUAACAACAAUUGCGACCAUUUUCGCGCCGGCUGUCGCGAAUCCUUUCUUCGAAGCCGCGCAAGAAAUGUCCUGUUGCUCGCUUGCUGCUGGAUCCUGUCGGAAUGAGUGCUCCAAGAUAUCUUUGGUGACCCUUGGUGCUGAAAUCGAGGCGAGGGAAAAUGCUACUCGACGUCUGCUGGAGUUUUGUUCCAUGGAAUUGAUGGACUUCUGGUCCUGCGUGAACUCGACGUUGAAUGAGCUCAAGAGGAAUGAGAAUUGGAUAGGUCGAGGAUGCUGCCGCCUCAUUCAGAAUCCCACGUGUCGAACGACCUGCGCCCUGUCGGGUUCCACGGAUGAUCUGAAUGAGUCCUGCCGACCAAGCGACGAGCCCGAGUUUUUCUUUUGCCUGGAAAAGCGCGAGGAGGCCGAACGAUGCUGCAACAACGUUUCCAAUGACACUUGCAGACUCAUUUGCAAGGAUAUCUUUUACAAGCCUGGCAAGCAGUCUAGUUUGAAACUGUAUAGCAGCAAGGGUUGCUUCCAUCAGAUUCCCAAAUGCCUGAAAAGCGUGGCCGAGGUGAAACAUGCUGAAGAUCCGAAGCAACAUUUGCACUGCUGCGAGGAAGCCACAACCCCGGCGUGCCUGGACACGUGUCGCAAGACUCUUCACAUCGCGAACACCAACCAGGAAAUCAUGGACGCCUUAACGGAAAAGUGUAGCCCGGUGCUGCCUCAGUCGCCGAUGUGGAGUUGCUUGAUGAAAUCGGGCUCGACGAAACCGGCGCGUUUACCGUUAGAUGCCGGCAAGCUGACGUGUUGCACAAAAGCGACGAGGCCCUCCUGCCAGAAUUUGUGUUGGCGGGCCUUUCAGGCCGACUGGGAAUCCGCCUGGGUCCAAUUGGAUGCGUUGUGCCUCUCGUCCAGCUUGGAAGGUGAACUGAGGAGGUGUCUCGAGGACGCGGACGAUCCUUGCGAGAUGGGUUGUUCCGGAUUAUCUUACUGCGCGCGAUUCAACGACAGACCUACCACUCUGUUCAGAACAUGCACAAGUACAGCUGACGAGGCUGCCAAAUGGGAAGCUGACCAUUGGUCCAGAGGCGGCAUUAUUCGUGGAUUAGGCGUACCUGUGCGUGCUGCGGCGUCUUGUCCAGCGGAGACUUUACGCGCGGCGGCUUGUCUUCUACAGUUGCGACCUUGUGAAACUAGAAUCCACGAGACGCGACUCUGCCGCGAGGAUUGCUUGGAGUUGAUGGCGAGUUGCGUAGAUUGGGGUGCAAUCACGGGACCACACACAGCCGCUACCUUGUGUGCCAAGCUGUCACCGGGCAGGUCAGACGCGCCGUGCGUUUCGCUGAGACCGUACUUGGACGAUCCGCAGGACGAUGAGAUGGUGAUCCAUCCCGAGGAGGAUAUUACGACACCGUGCAAGCGGAAUCCGUGCCCGCAGGGUCAGCUCUGCGUUCUCCAACCGAACGGCGCCAAGAUCUAUCACUGCGUGCCAGCUUGCUCCCUCGGAGAGAUGUCGAAGCAUUUAGUGCCAGUCGGAUCCUGGAUCCAGAUUCCCCGAUUCGAUCAGCAGGGUUGCCUAAAUAUCUGCCAAUGCACAGCGCGCGGUCUCGAGAAGUGUCGUACGCCCAACUGUUUUAACUUCAAGUCCUGUUGGGUGCAUGACCGGUUCAUUCAACACAAGGCCAACUUCUAUCUCGAGUGCAACCCCUGUCAUUGCUUCGAGGGCGAGUUUACGUGUUCCAAGAAGAAUUGCGGCGAGCCACGCGCGCCGUCCUUGCCCUGCGACUGUCCGGCUCAUUAUGUCCCAGUUUGUGGUAGAUUGGGCUUCACCUUUGCAUCCGCCUGUCUGGCGAAAUGCGCCGAGCUGUCGGCCACCGAAGUGGAGUUUGGCAGUUGUUCCAGCAGAGAUCCCUGCGCGUCCAAUCCCUGCAAAAGCGUAGAGAGAUGCAUUCGCAAACCUAAAGUCUGCUUGUCGCGCUUGCACAAAUCGUGCCGGCAAUACGAAUGUGUGCCGAUUGAUUGUAAUCCGCACGACGAAUCCAGCGGACCGGUCUGUGAUCGCGAGAAUCGACAGUAUCCUUCUGUCUGUGCCAUGAUUCGAGCUGGAGCUACUUUAAGCUACAGAGGACCUUGUCUGAGGGGUUGUAGUCUUAGGGGUCCGGUGUGCGGCAUCAACGGCGAGGUUUACCCCAAUGAAUGCGCGGCUUGGGCCGAGAGGAUUAUUGUGGAUUACCAAGGCCCCUGCGUCGCCGUCGGACUCAUAGGAGAACAAGCAAAACCUCGUUGCGGUGAUGCUGUACAAUGUCCUGCCUUGGUGGAACCAUACUGCAUUGGGGUUACUCCUCCCGGUGCUUGUUGUCCCGUUUGCGGAGGAGCAGCGAGAUUGUUUUACUCGAAAAAACAGUUGGAAAGAAUCUAUUAUAUAAUGGACGAGGAAACCGACAAGGACUCCGUUACAUUGGAAGCUCUUCUGGUCGCUCUAGGUCGCCACUUGCAAGUGGCGCAAUGCGCAAUCCGGGGUAUGAUGACGCCCGAUUGCGACGUCUUCAUCGUCGUACAGCCCGUUACCAAAAAACCGUCGGCGUUACAAUUGCGAGCUUGCGUGACGGAAACGGAAAAACUCGUCACCAGGAUCACGGAGAGAAGUCCCAGAAUCGCGGCGGAAGUUCCUUUGGGUUCAUUGACCAGAGCAGAGAUAGCUCACGGUUACGUUUCCAGUGCAAUGAAAAUUCGAGCUUGGCACGUAACUGUUAUUGUCCUGCCUAUCUUCAUGUUAAAAAUUACAUCUUGAAUGCGAUUAUGUCAAAGAGAAAAUAAGAUUUAUCGCUUAUUCGGUUCAGUAUGAUUCCAAAAUAUUUAUGCAGUAAUAAUUAUACAUAAUUCAAUUAAUCGCUUGAAAUAUCCGAGUUUUUUAUUGUGUUAAUAAGUCAUAAGCGAUAAAGCCUGUUUUCUCAUUUGUUCUGGCUGCUGAGUUUUUUUACCUAAUCGCGAUACCAUUCGCCGUGGCGAAUGUCUAUAGCGUGUCUCGUGUCUGUGAUUCUUCUAGUGCCUUCUAGUAGCAAAUAACACAGGAUGUAUUUUUAGUUACUGAUUAAUAUUACCAAAGAGAGAAAAAGAGGAUGUACAAAGAGGUAGGAUUUCUCGUGCGCAUAAUCGAGAACUGUUCGUUAUAAGUUGUAAAUAAAAAGACUCCAUAAACUUAAGUUAUAUAUAUAUACAUCACAGUCCGCGUAUUGAUCGAUAUCAAUAUAUUGUGUUCGCAUAUAUGAUUUUUACACAACGUGUCUUUCCAAAGAUUCAUCACAAUAAUUAAAACUUUUUUGAAAUUUUUGUUUAUAAAAGAAAAUUAAUAUGGAAUUUUAUCAAAAAUGCAAUUGUUCUUAAUCAUAAUCUUUCUAAUACACGCUGCAUAGGUCGAUACAGUUUUAUGCUGCUGAGUGUUUCAAGUUUUUAUCUAAUACCGUGAAUAAAAUUAAUUUAAUAGAACUCGUCAAGCAGGUAAUAAAUGUGUGUUCGCAUUUUAUUUAUACAUCUGCGAUAGCCUGCAAUGGUUCGUGCCAAUGAUAUGGAUAAUGCUCCUACAAUUGUUAAGUAUAUUUUGUUAUUGUAUUAAAAACAAAUAUUUCAUAUUUGUAUCAUCAAAAACGAGUAUGAAGUAUUUGUGUAUAAUUGUAUUGUUAAAAACAAAUAGUUUAUAUCGUCAUUUGUAUGAAUAAUAAAUUUCUACAACUUUUAUC